GCCGGGCCCCUCGCUGUGGCCGCGGCUCCACCAAUCCCGGGGCUCGCCCGCCGCCACCGCCUCCGCACCUGCGAGGAGAAGCCCGCCCGCCUCCGCCGCAGCCGUCGCAGCGUCCCCGCCCCGUUCCGCCCCCUUCGCGGCGCCCAGAGAUCAUAGGCCGCCGGCGUCCUGCUGCCACUAGUCGAGGAGCGGAAGCCGCUUUCCUGAAGCGGGCUUGGGUGCUCCAAAGCCCGGCCGGCUGCUAAACCGCAGCUUCCGGCAGCCGCUGCAACGGCUAGGCGCGGGGCGCGGCCGAGGACCCCGUAACCGGGCGGGCGUCCUGAACGGGCAACCCCGCCGAGGGAGGUGGCCGUGGCGGUCGCGCUCGGGCGCCCCGUGCGCCGCGCUCCAUGCCCGUGUGGUGCUGCCGCUGCUCCCUGGCCGGUCAUUUCAGGAAAUGGACCCUCAGGAAUCUGCCUUUCGUAUAUGCUGUCAGGCUACAGACCAUAUUUAUCAUCAGAAGCAAUACAUCCAAACACAAUCUUACAUAGCAAAUUAGAAGAAGCGAGACAUCUUUCCAUUGUUGAUCAGGACUUAGAGUACUUGUCUGAGGGCCUUGAGGGUCGAUCAUCCAAUCCUGUUGCAGUACUUUUCGACGCACUUCUUCAUCCAGAUGCUGACUUUGGGUAUGAUUAUCCAUCCAUUUUGCAUUGGAAAUUAGAACAGCAUCAUUAUAUCCCUCACUUAGUUCUUGGUAAAGGUCCACCUGGUGGAGCUUGGCAUAAUAUGGAAGGCUCGAUGUUGACAAUCAGCUUUGGAAAUUGGAUGGAGCUACCUGGACUUAAAUUUAAAGAUUGGGUAUCUAGCAAACGAAGGAACCUAAAAGGGGAUCGAGUUAUGCCAGAGGAAAUAGCUCGCUACUAUAAACAUUAUGUAAAAGUCAUGGGUCUUCAGAAGAAUUUCAGAGAGAAUACUUACAUUACCUCUGUAUCAAGACUCUACAGAGAUCAAGUUGAUAAUGAUGGUCAAGACAGAGAUAUUUCAACACAGCAUUUACAGAUAGAGAAGUCAAAAUUUACCAAGAGAAACUGGGAAAUCAGGGGUUAUCAGCGAAUAAGAGAUGGUUCCCAUAUUCCCUUCUGUCUCUUUGCUGAAAAUGUAGCUCUGGCAACUGGAACAUUGGAUUCUCCUGGCCGUUUGGAAAUUGAUGGGGAAGAUUUUCCUUUUGUGUUUCAUUCAAUGCCUGAAUUUGGAGCCGCUAUAAGCAAAGGACAGUUGUGUGGCAAAGUGGAUCCAGUGUUAAUUGUAGGUUCUGGGCUUACCGCAGCUGAUGCAGUACUGUGUGCUUACAACAAUAAUGUCCCUGUGAUUCAUGUAUUUCGCAGACGAGUAACUGAUCCAAGCUUAAUUUUCAAACAGCUUCCCAAAAAGCUUUAUCCAGAAUACCAUAAAGUCUAUCAUAUGAUGUGUACUCAGUCAUAUUCUUUAGACUCAAAUCUUUUAUCUGAUUAUACCAGUUUUCCUGAGCACCAUGUGCUUUCCUUUAAGUCGGACAUGAAAUGCAUUCUUCAAAAUAUCUCUGGAUUAAAGAAAAUAUUUAAGCUCUCUGCAGCAGUAGUAUUGAUAGGUUCUCAUCCCAAUCUGUCCUUUCUGAAGGAGCAAGGGUGUUACCUGGGCCACAACUCAAGCCAGCCAAUCACAUGUAAGGGUAAUCCUGUGGAAAUAGAUGCAUAUACAUAUGAGUGUGUUAAAGAAGCCAACCUUUUUGCAUUGGGUCCUUUGGUUGGAGACAAUUUUGUUCGAUUUUUAAAGGGAGGGGCACUGGGUGUUACACGCUGUUUAGCUACAAGACAGAAGAAAAAAAAGCAGCAUUUAUUUGUUGAAAGAGGAGGAGGAGAUGGGAUAGCUUAGAGCAGGUUUACAAGUAAUUUAUAUGAACACUUUACCAUUAAAGAUUUUUAAUAGUGGUUUUACAGUGUACUGGCUUGAAUUUUCUGAACUUGAAUUAACUGAGAGAGCCUCAAGCUAUAGUAACUAUUUUUUAAAGUUACCAGAAUUUGGUGUCCUGAUUACAUUAUAAUGUAUCAAAGGUGUCAAUUGUCAGACAAAUAGAAACACUGCCAAUUUGGUAUACUUUAAGUUCUCACUUAACUAAAACAUUCUUUUCUUCCAAGACUUAUUUUUUGUGAUCAUUGUUGGUUAUUUAUGUUUGAUUACAAAAUAUGACAGCAUUGAAUCUAUAAAACCACAGUCAUUAGGCCAGAGGUUUCCCUCACUUUAUAUAUUGGGUCACCUUGCUGCUCAAAGGGUGGUUCAAAGAUAGCAUCAGCUUCAUUUGUGGCUUGUUAGAAAGGUAGACUCUCAGGACCCACAACAGACUUACUGAAUCAGAAAUUACAUCUUAAUGAGAUCCUCAAGGAAUAUGUAUGCUUACUAAAGCUUGAGAACACUGGUCUAAAAGAAAAUGGGAUGUAAAGGUACAGAUAGAUGCUGAGGGUGGGUGGAAAUAGAGGGCAUAUACUACUCAGGUUUUAUUUAUUUUGAAAUUAUCAAUUGUAUAAAUCUAAUUUAUUAACAAAUAUGGGCUUUUAAAAUUUUUUAUUGUUGAAACCUUGACAGGUAAUUCAUCGUUUCAGCUUCUAAUUUAAACAGUCCAAUAAUGUUGGCAUAUACUGAGACAUCCAGGAACCUGCUGAGAUAUUUUUUGGAGAUAUAUUCUCUAGUUAACUAGCAUAAUACUUAAUUUGCAGUUCAAUAAAUUUUGAAUGGAACAAUUUAUUCCUUUGUGAACACUGAGUUAAGUUCUGUCACUGAAACUUAAGAUAUUUGGGCAUAAGUACUUACAAUAUUGCAAUACUUUUUGAGUAUUACCAGAAUUAUUAAACAUUAAAAUUGAAAAAGUUAAAACCUGUCUUUUCUAUUCUCAAGAUGAUUACUUUGAAAUUUGUUCAUUGGAGAUGACAUAGCAUUUAAUCCUUUGGUUAUUUAUUGAAUUAUGUUCUAUCUUGAUUUAUAUUUAGGUGUGCUUAAUGUCUUGUGUUUUCAUGCAGAUCCCCAGAAAUUUAGUAUUAGACAAGAUAAGUGUUACUUGUGAAGUUCUCCAUGGCAAAUUGAAUUUCUGAAGUCUUCUUCUGUUACUUUUUUUUUUUUGGUAAAAUUUAUUUCACCUGGAAUGUGUUUAUUCAAAGUCUAUUUCUAUUUAUUUAUUUAUUUAUUUAUUUAUGGCUGCAUUGGGUCUUCGUUGCUGCACACGGGCUUUCUCUAAUUGCAGUGAG